UUAAGUUCUAAACCCUCUACAAAAACCUCUCGACCACCUCAGCUGUAUCCCAUGGCUGCCUCACCGGAGGAAAAUGAAACACGGUCGAACCAAGCAGCCGCCGCCAGUGAUGAAGAGGACUACAAAGAUAUCGAUGAAGAAGAGGAAGCAGAGGCGGUUAAUGAAGGUACUCGGAUGCGGAUGGACAACCUGUUCCGGCGAUUGUCAACGGAACGAGUCCCGUUGCGUGUUCAUGAUGUGUUGAUCAAGGGAAACACCAAGACUAAGGAUUCGGUCAUCGAGGCCGAGCUCCAAGCCCUCAAGUCUGUCACUUCGUUCCAGAAGUUGCUCCAAGCCGCUAGUAUUGCCAAUGCUAAUCUUCAUCGCCUUGGAAUUUUCGAUUCUGUGAAUAUUACUCUAGAUGCUGGACCGCCGGAGCUCCCCGGGACUGCCAAUGUGGUUGUUGAAGUCACUGAAACUGCAAAUCCUCUUAGUGGGAACUUUGGGAUUUUCUCAAAGCCUGAGGCUAGAAGCUGGUCACUUGAAGGCUUAUUGAAGUUGAAAAACUUGUUUGGCUAUGGUGAUAUAUGGGAUGGUUCAUUGGCUUAUGGCUGGGACCAAACAUCAGAGAUUAGCACCGGUUUGUCUUUGCCUAGGUUCAAAAGGUUGACUACUCCUGUGACUGCUAGGUUAUCUCUUCUCUCUCAAGAUUGGUUGAAGUUUUCUUCUUACAAAGAGCGUGCAUUAGGUCUUUCCCUUGGCCUAUUAUCAUCCAGAAACCAUGAGUUAGAAUACAAUAUCUCUUGGCGAGCUUUAACAGAUCCAUCACAAAUGGCAUCUACAACUGUAAGGAGACAGCUUGGACAUCGUUUAGUCUCAGCAUUGAAGUAUACAUUUAGAACUGAUUUGAGAGAUUCACCUUUGAGACCGACCCAAGGAUAUGCAUUUGUUGCUACAUCAGAAAUUUCUGGCCUUUCACCAGAUUAUCGAAGCUUACGCUCUAUACGUCAGGUCUUUGAUCUUCGAUAUGCUUUACCCUUGGGAUUCUACAAUGCUGCAUUGAACUUUGGAAUUUCUGCUGGUGCUGUUCUUCCAUGGGGAAAUGGAUCUCUAAACACGCCCUCGUAUCUGCCUCAGAGAUUUUUCAUGGGUGGCAACUCUUCUCCGGUCUGCUUCUUGGGUGGCCCAACACCUAUCUUUGGUUUUAAGUCGAGGGGACUCGGCCCUGCUGAGCCUAGAAGGCAAGUUGGAGAAAGUGCUAAUGGUGAAAGUUCUGAUAAUGCUUCUGGGCUGGAUUUUAUUGGUGGUGACCUUGCCAUUACUGCUUUUACUGAUCUUUCUUUCGAUCUUCCACUGAAGAUAUUGAGAGAAGCUGGUAUUCAUGGCCAUGCAUUUAUUUGUACCGGAAGAACUAACAAAUUGUCCGAAAACGCGUUUCGAGAUCUCUCUUUUCAGAAAUUCCAAGAUUCAUUUAGAUCCUCAGCAGGAUUUGGUAUCAUUAUACCAACUAAGCUAUUCCGUAUGGAGGUCAAUUAUUGCCACAUAUUGAAACAACAAGAACAUGACAGGGCGAAGACCGGUGUGCAGUUUAGCUUUUCUUCAUCAUUGUAGAAGCUGGAAAAUUUUUUGUUUCUUCAAUUCAAUACAGCUAAAUUUGAGCUUAACGCCAUCAUCUUACCAGUUACCAAAGGUAAAUCUUACAUACUUUCCCCUCUUCGCAAAAUAGAUCUAGAUUAACGUUUUAUUCAAAUUAAAGUUUGAAUCCCUUUCUAUCUCUGGGUGGCAUAGGCAGCUUCAUAUAUCAUGUUGUACUUCAAAACCUCAAAUAGUGCUAGUACUGUGAAUAAAUUCAUUUCACAGAUGCAAAUUAUCUUGAAAUUAAAGCAAAACAACAUAGUACUAGUCAAAUAUUCGUAUUUUUCUACUACCCCAUUUGUGGAUACUAUGGUAUAUGCCCUGCUACAUUCAUUUCAUUGAU